CUCACUUCAUAGUACGGCUGAUAUUGUCCAUCGCGAGAGCCUCUUACUGUUAAAGCUGCCGAGUGCUCUAUCAUCGUGACAAAUCAGUAAUCAGUAAUCCGUAUAUCCGAUUUAUUUGUUGUUUUUGUGAUAAAUUCACUGUUUCAAAAUGAAGACGAACAAGCAGAGACAGGAAAAACACCCUAUGGAGGACAAAGACUCAUGGAAACUUUAUCUUGCCCAGCAGCAGUUUCCCCGAUCAGAGGAGGAAGAAAGCGAUACAACGGAAGGUCACUCUUCUCAACACGUUCGGAGACUCAGGCAUAAAGAAAAUAGACUCUCCCCUGCGGAACAGCUGGAAGCAGAGAAGGAACAAGAGUUUUGGUCGGACGAACACAAAAAGGAGCACAAAGCUAACAAAAAGCGUAUCAAAAAGCUGCGACGACACGAAAAAAUGCUCAAUGAAAUGUACGCCAAUACAGCCGUAGACAUUUCCACAGUGCACGGUUUUAUGAUUGACGCUGGCAGUACGGGCUCUCGUAUGCAUAUUUACGAAUGGGAACCACGAGUGCUCCGAGAUGCCGACGACAUCCAAGCCGCCGUUUCGGGAGAAAAACUAUCUUUCCCGGGCACACGCUCUCGCUGGACGGAUCGGCUUCGACCUGGUCUCUCUAGUUUCGGAGAUUUACCUGACGAUCAACUUCAAGGCGCAAUUGGGGAAUACUUGCGACCGCUCCUGGAUUUUGCCCGCACCGUCUUGCAUUCCAAACAAGAGCACUUUAAAAACUUCCCAAUCUUCUUACGCGCCACUGCUGGUAUGCGCACACUCCAACCAAACGACCGCUUACGGAUAAUGCAGGCUGUCCGAAGCCUGUUUACCAACAGUACUUACUGUCCCUUUGCCUUCGUGGACGAACAAGCCCGCGUACUGAGUGGCGAAGAGGAAGCAAUCUUUGACUGGACUGGCGUGAACUUUUUGAUGGGCAAUCUUUUGGACCAAUCACGUGGCGCCGGUACGGUGAGCAAUCCCAAGCUCACGCACGGGGCUUUAGAUCUUGGUGGCGGCAGCACACAGAUCGGAUUUUACGAACAAAACGAAGACAUUAUGUCCAACUUAUUCAAGUUGCAAAUUGGACAGGCGAAGCAUUGGAACGUGUACGCCCACAGUUUCUUGUACUAUGGAAUGAACGAAGCUAUUCAGCGCUUUGAGUCCCGGUUAGCGGCAGGCAAGUCUUCGGAGGAACGGCUUAUUCAAGGUAUCUACAAUCCGUGCUUACCGGGUGGUACAAAGACUGACAUUCGAACCGAUAUUCAUUUGGAUCACGGCAUGGAAACUUGGAAAUACGAAAGCAAAUUUCCUUCAGGUAACGCAUUUUACCAAGCGACUUUGAUUAAUGAUAAUGCAACAGCUGACUUCGAUUUGUGUAUGGACUUAACAAAGGAUUUAUUGCACUUGGAAAAGAACGAUUGGUGCGAUUUCGCUCACCAAGGCGACUGCUCUUUGGCUGGAAUAUAUCAACCCGAUUUGCCUAGACAAGAAAACGGAAAUUUCGGGGAGUUUCUGGCCUUUUCAAACUACUACCAUGUCUGGCAGUUUCUAAGCCUACCCGAUACGGCCAGUCUCGCUCAGUUGUACAACGCAACUUCCUUUGCUUGUUCGCUGAACCACGACAAUCUUGUAAGCUUUGCUGCGGGCUCCAACAUUGACGAAAACGAGCUUGAUAGCUAUUGCUUCCGAUCGACUUAUGUUUUCCAGCUCUUGCACAACGGCUACGGGUUCGGUAUGAACGACACGAUUCGGGCGGUCCGCGUCAUUGAUGGUCACAAGGUUGGCUGGGCGCUGGGCGCCAUGCUCUACGAAAUCAACUCAAUGCCUUGGAAGUAUGUCACAGCAAAGGAAUUUGGGGACUUCUCCAUUGGCUCGAUAGGUAAUGACGUUGCCUGGGGUGCUGUUGUUUGCAUCACCCUUACCGUCCUAGGCUUGUUUACGGCUCUAGUGAUGACCUUUGUUUUGCGCGAACGGCGAAACCGUCGGAGAUACGACUACGAGCUAGUCAAAGAUGUGCAAACAUAGAAGCUAUGUGUAAGCGAAGUUGCCAAUCGUUUACCCUUUGACUGAUAUAUAUAUAUUAUACUCGAAUUAAUUCACUGUCAGUCAGACAUUUCAUUGUAAAGCGCUUCUCGCAAUUAAAAGGAGUACGGCUAAUGGAAAGGAAGUAAUGUUAACGACGAAAAGAAUUAGCUGUAAGAGAUACUCCUUCGGCAAUGUCUUGUAGAGGAACAGAUUAACUGUAACUGUCACAAUUGCUAUGAG